AUGUCGAAACCAUUUACUGAUCUAAAGUUUUGCUCAACCUCUGUCCCAAGUGACAUAAGGUCGGACAUUGCAAAUAAAAUCAAAGCAAUGGGUGGUAUACAUUCAAGUAAUUUGAUGUCUGAUGUUAACAUCCUGAUAGUUGGUGAUAGAAAUACCGAAAAAUUCAAGUUUAGUGUAAAGAAUAGAUAUGAUAUCAGGUUUAUAAAAGCUGAAUCCAUUAUAAAAAUUCAUUCAAUUUGGCUAAAUAAUGAAGAUCAGUCAGAUCCAAAUCUAUUGAAAAUUGAAAAUUAUUUAUUACCAAUCUUUGAAAAUUUUACUAUAUGUCUUUCAAGAGUUGUCAAUGAUAAAAGUCAUCCAAAUGAAGAUUUCUCAAAACAAAAUUUAGUCAAUAUCAUAAAAGAGAAUGGUGGUGCCGUAUCAGAUUCAUUAACAACAACAAGUUCUUGUGUUAUAACCAAUGAAAAAUCAGGGAAAAGAUAUGAUAUGGCAAAGAAAUGGCAAAUACCCAUCAUACACCCAUUAUGGAUUAUACAUUCUUUGAAAAGGAAAGCUUCAUUAGAUUUUGAUUAUUAUAAUAUCGAAUUAGUCAAAGAUUAUUCCAAGAUUGGUGAAAAGUCUUGCUUGGUUUGGGAUGAAUUAUUGAAACCAAGAACACGGAAAAAAAUAGUAUUGGAUGAACACGAAGAUCAAGAACCAAUUUUGAAAAAAGAUUCCAAAAUAUGGAAUUCGAUAAUGCAAGUUGCUAAUAUUAAAUCCAACAAACCACAUCAAAAAGUUGAAACUUCAUGGGAUGAAGAAGAUGAAGAAGAACAAGUUGUAACAAACCCUGUCAAAUUGGAAAUUACAAAAUCAAUGAGUAAAAUACCAGAACUUGACUCUACAAAGAGUAAAAUAUCUCCAAUUGUUACAUCAAACCUUUUCAAAGAUUUAACUUUCCAAAUUGAAUUAUUUGAUAGUUUGAAAAAAUCAACAUUAUCAAAAGUGAUUGAGUCUCAUAGUGGUGAAAUUGUGGAGGAUUUAAACCCAUCUUUUUUAAUAAUACCUUCAGAUUUCCCCUUAGAAAAUUUACCAUCUCCUUUACAAUCCAAGAAGGAUUUAUUAGUCACUGAAUGGUUUAUUGAAAGAUGUCUUCACUAUAAAUCAAUUAAAUCAGAUCAUUGGGGUAAGCCUUUUUAUUAUUCAAGGAUAAAUUCACCUUUGGACCUUAAUAUAUCAAUCACUGGGUUUCAAGGUAUUGAAUUAUUACAUUUAACGAAAAUCAUCUCAUUAUUACAAUUUAAUCUUCAUGAAUCAUUAAAUAAUGAUAGAGAUUUAUUAAUUUUAAACAUUGAUCUCUUAAACCUUGAUCAUCAACAUCAUUUAUUUCAAAGAUUUCCUUCAUUAUUCAAUUCACAAAAACAUGAUAUUCACAGAACAAAUACAAAUUCAACGAAAAAGAAAAUCAAAUUUGCUAAACAAAAAAAUAUACCCAUAUUAACAAUUACUUAUCUAUUUACAAUUUUCCAAAUAGGUAAAAUACCAAAUAUAAAUCAAAGAGAUUGGUGUGUUUAUUGUCCAAAAUUUGCAAAUUUGAGAAAAUCAUUACAAAUAUUAGUUGACACUACAGAUAAUCACACUUCAAAUAAACCAGAAUUAACUUCACCAAAAAAAGAUCAAUUAACAAAACAACCUUCAUUACCAAAAUUACCUUCCCCUAUAAGAAACAAAAGAAAAGAUAACUGGGGUAGAUUAGUAGGUAGAGCUUCAAAAUCUCAAUUAAAUAGCUUGGAAUUGGAAAACCCUGACAAUCAACAACAAGAUAAAGAUAUAAAUGAUCAAAUUCCAGAUUCAACACAAAUUAGUUAUGGAAAUUCAGAAACUAAUGUCAAAUUAUUGCGUCUACUGAAUAGAGAAAUUGAAGAUCCAAAGAAAAGCAAUGAAGCUCAUGAUAAAUUAGAACCACCAAGAAAAAGAACAAGAGCUGGUUAUAAAGAAAUGUUGGAUGUUUUAGAUCAUGAUUGA